AUGCUAUCUAUAAAAGUGGAGCAGCUAUCUGAAGAGGUCGAGUCAUUGAAGGAAACCCUCGACAAGCACUCAUUGCGGCAACGAAAGCGGAUUUUGGAAGCCAAGGAAAGGGCGGAGCUAUUUGAGAGAGCUAAUGGUGAGUCAUCGCAUGUCCUUCAAAUAUUCGACGACGAAGCCCAGGCAAUGCAAUCGGCCCGUAGCUCCUCUCGAAUGCUUGACGAAGCCUUUGAGACAGGAGUGGCCAUCCUCCACAAGUACUCUGACCAGAGGGAUCGUCUGAAGAGUGCGCAAAGGAAGGCCCUGGAUGUCCUGAACACUGUUGGCCUGUCAAACUCGGUCUUGAAGCUUAUCGAGAAGCGGCACCGGGUCGACAAGCGGAUCGCGUACGGCGGCAUGAUCAUCACUGUCGUGCUGAUGGUUGCGUUUUGGCGAUGGACACACUAG